GUUUAUAAGUCUAUACACAAACUGUCCUCAGAGGAAAAUGUGCUCCCUGUAACACAGUUUGAAGAUAAAAUGCUACACCAGAUGUUAUGGUGGGGGUCUGCAACAGUGAAAUCCUAACUCUCUUGGUAGCUUUUAAGCUCCAAACAGUGUUCUAGUGAACCAUUGUUUCCUUUGAGUAAAGUUUAGGUGUUUAGUUCAGAAAAUAUAGCAUAGAAUUGUUUCAUUUCUCUAACUUUUCAAUUUUCACGACCACAUCUACAUAGUGCACCUUUAAUAACACACUGUUAUUACAAUUACAACGAGGAUGCAUGUUGUUACACAUUUGAAAGAAUACUUCUUACGAACAGAGUCAGAAUCGAUUUUUAAUGCCAAGUACAUUCACACAUUCGAGGAGGAAUUUGACUUGGUGUUUUGGUGCAAAACAAUUAGUAAACAAUAGAGCAAAAAUAGUGAAAAAAAAGCUAUAAAACAGCAGUGCUCCUGCUGUCAGAGAAGUUGAAGACAAUAUGACAAAAAUCUAAAAAUGUAUAUGAUAGAAUAUAAAGAACAAAAAAAAAAAAGGUGCAAUGUAGGAGUUGUACAGUUGUGCAUGAUUUACAAUGCAAAUGACUUCCAGGAUAAAUUUCCACACAUAUAUGUGCAAUAUAAAUCGAAAAUACUGAAGUCCAGUGUGCGUUAAUGUAACGCAUAGAAUCUGUCUUCGUCAUCACAUAAUCGUAAAAUAGAUUAAGAUGAUGACGUGUUCCACUAUAAAGCAGUUACUACAUCAUGACUUGAUUCACGGGUCAUACAACGCCUGCAUAGACACUCUGCCUAUCUGUAGAUUACAUCUAUUGAAGGUGCUCUUCACUUGUAGUUGGCUUCAUGUCCAUCGCAGUCACAGUGUUUUUGCAAAUCCUUUUUUUAGUGUUUGUAUAUCUUCAUUCCAUUCUUGUUUGCUUUGCCUGAUGUUGCGACAAACCUGGACUUAGAAUAAUCUAUUUAUGUGUUCAAAGAGAGGGAGAGAUCUCAGUUUUCAUUCUAAUCGGGUGUAAUAAACAGAGCGAAACAAUCAGAGAGCGUAACUUCUCAUGCAGUGGAUGAAAUGCAAAGAAUACAAACGUGUUUGUCAGCGCAUGUAUGUCUGUAAGUAUUGUGCUUUGUAAGUUUGCUUCACCCACUUCUCUACGCACCCCAUUGAAUGCCAGCAUACUCUUUCUUUUCCCGCUGUGUCCGGCUCCUCUUUCAUUUUUUUGAGCACCUUCCUUUCCACGCCUCUCUUUUAAAUUCUCCUUCCUCCCCCGUGCAUCUCUUUUUUUUUCCUCCCAGGUACCAGUCCAGCCAGCAGCACCCUGAGGCCCAGUAUGGGAUGCCCUAUCACAACAUGGGCUAUUACACAGAAGGUCCCAACGAUGAGCUUGUCAUGGCCGAGCUGUCUGUCCACCGAGAGCCGCAGAUUAUCUCUCACCAGGAACCUGUUUAUCAGAACUGCCACCCCCCGGCCUCAAAUCACUACCAGGAGUCAGCCUACCAGCAGAAUGUCAGGGACCAGCAGCACCAGCAGCAGCAGCAGUAUCCUUCACAGCAGCAUCCUGCACAGCUUCAACACCCUCAGCAUCAACAAACAGCCCAGCAGCAGGCACCAAAUGUUCAGCACCAACCUCAGCCUGCUGCUCCCUCUCAAGUUGUGACGCCUGUGAAAAAGAAGAGAGGCCGGCCUCCGAAGCACCAGUCGGAGGACGGAAAAAUCAAGGAGGAGGACGAUGAGGUCGAAGCCGCCAAAAAAGCCAAGAGGGCCCUCAACCGCUUUAACGGCAUGUCUGUGGCUGAGGUUAUGGCCAAGACGCUGCCGGACGUCAUUACCUACAAUCUGGACAUUCUGAUAAUCGGAAUUAACCCAGGACUAUUGUCAGCCUACAAAGGACACCAUUACCCAAACCCAGGAAACCAUUUCUGGAAAUGUCUGUUUCUCUCUGGUUUCACUGACGUGCAGCUGAACUACAUGCACGACCAGAACCUACCGGAGAACUACAGCAUCGGCUUCACCAACAUGGUGGAGAGGACCACACCUGGCAGCAAGGACCUCUCUAGUAAGGAGAUUCGCGAAGGAGGAAAACAAUUACUGGAAAAGCUGCAGAAAUACAAGCCAUUAAUAGCAGCAUUUAAUGGAAAAGGUAUUUAUGAAAUCUUCUGCAAGGAAACAUUCGGUGUGAAGGCAAAGAAUCUUGAGUUUGGUCUGCAGCCCUACAAAAUCCCAGAAACGGAGACAGUGUGCUACUUGAUGCCGUCUUCGAGUCCCCGUUGCGCACAGUUUCCUCGUGCACAGGAUAAAGUCCAUUUCUACAUCAAGCUGAAGGAGCUGCGAGACCAAAUGAAGGGCAUCGCUCCGAGCAUUGAGGUUAAAGAGACGCAGUACUCGUUCGAUCUGCAGCUGGCAAAAGAGGAUGCCAAGAGGAUGGCAAUCAAAGAGGAGCAGGUGGAUCCAGAGUAUGAGAGCUGUGGUCGGCUGAACAACGAUUCAAGUCAAAGCAGCAGCUCCAUCAACUAGAAGAGUCGGAGGAGAUGGGAAACAACAGGCCUGUCUGCUGAAAAGACAGAUAUGGAUGUAGCGGAUGCCAUGACAUAAAACCCCUGCAGCUGGACAUGUUGGCUCCACAGAUAUCAGCUGUACUCGUAGCAUGAUGCAUCAACGAUGGUAGGCCCUCUGCUGACAACACAGAAAAAAAGAAGAGGAAAUAAAUAAGACAUCACAAUGUGACGCACAAGGGAGAAAGUCCCCACAUCGGUUACAUUUUCUAACUCUCAAACAGACUGUGCAUGUUUUUGGUGUUAUUUUCUAUCACUAUUUAUUGCAUUUUGUACUGUAUGUGUGUCCAGUGACUUAUUUUUGUAUUUUUCAAAGAAUAACAUUUUAUGAUUUAUCAGCUGUAAAAAUGUAAUUUUACUCUGGAAUUUCUAAUUUGUAAUUACAGAGUCAUUAAAUCUCUUCUCAAACAGGA